CGGGCGGCUCCGGCCCCGCUCCUGUCCCGCCGCCCGGGCCGCGGCGAUCCCCACACGCCCAGCAGCGCCCGGGAGCCGCGUUCGCCCGGCACCGCCCCGCGGCGCCGGGCACGUCGGGAGCCGUAGUCCGGAGCGCACGAAAAAAUGGGGGAAAAGCUGCUGGGACUGUCUGUGGACAAGAUGGCUGCCAGCCCUGCCAACAAGAUGGCUGCCCCAAGAACAGGGCUUCAGGGGGACAAGGGAGCUGUGGGACCAGACCUCUCCUGCCUCACAGGUUGGAUGAAGGCUUCAUUUGGCAUCAUGGAAACUAGAAUGACUACCCUGGGCUAAACCAAAGGCCUCAGUGUAAGACUGGAAACAUCUGGGCUGAAUGGACUUUAGCAUCAAAAGAAGUUCUCAACUGUUAACUCAAAAAAUUAACUGCAUCAAAAUGAAGCAGGUACCAGAGAUCCUUGGAAAUACCAAUGGGAAACCUCAGAAUUGUGAAGUAAAUCGUGAAUGUUCUGUCUACUUGGGCAAAGCACAACUUUCUGCCACUCUACAGGAAGGAGUCAUGCAAAAAUAUAAUGGCCAUGAGACUCUUCCAUUUAUUCCAGCUGAUAAAUUGAAAGAUCUGACCUCUCGGGUGUUUAAUGGCGAGUCCGGGGCCCAGGAUGCCAAGCUGCGCUUUGAACCUCAGGAAAUAAAGGGAGUUGGAACACCCCCCAACACUACUCCUAUCAAGAAUGGCUCUCCAGAAAUAAAGCUGAAAAUCACUAAAACCUACAUGAAUGGGAAGCCUCUUUUUGAGUCCUCCAUUUGUGGAGACAGUGGUGCAGAUGUGUCUCAGUCGGAGGAAAAUGAACAAAAGCCAGCAAACAAGGAGAGGAGAAGCAGAAAAAGAAGUAUAAAAUAUGACUCCUUACUUGAGCAGGGUCUUGUUGAAACAGCGUUAGUAUCAAAGACUUCAAGCACCACUGAAAAGAAGGCUUCUGCUAAGAGAGAUCAAACUCAAAAUACCAUCAAAGAGGAGAAAGUCCACCUGUUGAAGUAUAACAUAGGAGAUCUAGUGUGGUCAAAAGUGUCUGGUUUCCCAUGGUGGCCAUGUAUGGUUUCUGCUGAUCCUGUUCUCCAUGCCUACACUAAACUAAAAGGACAGAAGAAGAGUUUUCGUCAAUACCACGUUCAGUUUUUUGGAGAUGCCCCAGAACGAGCCUGGAUAUUUGAGAAGAGCCUGGUGCCCUUCAAAGAAAAAGACCAGUUUGAACAAUUAUGCCAAGAGAGUGCAAGACAAGCCCUUACUAAAGCAGAGAAAAUAAAGAUGCUGAAGCCGGUGUCGGGGAAGCUGCGGCCGCAGUGGGAGAUGGGUGUGAAGCAGGCCAGUGAAGCAGUGGGCAUGCCAGUGGAGGAGCGCAAGGCCAAGUACACCUUCAUCUAUGUCAGGGACAGACCCCACCUUAAUCCUCGAGUGGCAAAGGAGGUUGGCAUUGCUGUGGAACCCUUGGAGGAGAUGGAUCAGUCAUCCUACUCACAUGAAGAAACCACUCCAAAUCUGAAAUCAAUGAAGGAGUCUGGCAUUCCUAGCAAGAGGAGGAGAAGGACAUCAAAACUCUCUGCUGCUGAUGAUGUGCAAGAGAGCAGUCAGUUGGAGGAUAAGAAUACUACUCCUCAAAAGUCAUCUGAACAGGAAGAAUCCAAAAGAGGGAUAGGCUCCCCUCUCAAUAGAAAGAAAACUCCAGCAUCUACUCCACGAAGCAGAAAGGGCGAUGCAGUAUCUCAGUUUUUGGUCUUUUGUCAGAAGUACAGAGAUGAGGUGGUUGCUGAACAUCCAGAUGCUUCAAGUGAGGAGAUUGAAGAGCUGCUCGAAUCGCAGUGGAACAUGCUUAGUGAAAAACAGAAAGCUCGCUAUAACACAAAGUUUGCCAUAGUGACCUCUCCCAAAUCUGAAGAAGACUCUGGUUCAUCAUUGAAGAAUAUUGGAGAGGCCAAACGUAAAGUGUUUCAAGACUCACCUAAAAGGAGAUCAAGAUCCAGAAGUAAUUUACAUGGAAAUAAAAGAAACCAAAAAAAGAGGACAAAGGAGCCUACAGAAGAUUUUGAAGUUCAGGAAGCACCUAGGAAAAGACUCAGGAUGGAUAAACAGAAUAAUCGGAAGAAUCACAGAAUCCUUAGGAUUGGAAGGGGCCUCUGGAAAUCAUCCAGUCCAAUCCCCCUGCCAAGACAGGGUCAUCUAGAGCAGGUUACACAGGAGUGUGUCCAGAGGGAGACAAGCAAUGACAAAACAGCAAAAACAAACUCUUCUAAGGUCACAGAAACCUCCUCUUCACAAAAGAACCAGUCAGCAACGAAAAAUCUGUCUGAUGCAUGUAAACCUCUGAAGAAGCGAAAUCGGGCUUCAGCAGCAGAAUCUUCAACUCUUGCUUUUAGCAAGAGUUCAUCUCCUUCAGCUUCCUUAACUGAGAAUGAGAUCUCUGAUGGCCAAGGAGAUGAGCGCUCAGAGUCCCCCUAUGAGAGUGCUGAUGAGACUCAGACUGAAGUGUCUAUAUCAUCCAAAAAAUCUGAGCGAGGAGUGGGAACAAAAAAAGAAUAUGUGUGUCAGCUGUGUGAAAAAACAGGUGAUCUCCUGCUGUGUGAAGGACUUUGCUAUCGAGCUUUUCAUGUAAGCUGCCUUGGGCUCUCUGGAAGACCAGCAGGAAAAUUCAUUUGUAGUGAAUGUACAUCAGGUGUGCACACCUGUUUCGUGUGUAAGGAGAGAAAGGCAGAUGUGAAACGCUGUGUUGUGUCUCACUGUGGCAAAUUCUACCACGAAGCUUGUGUGAAAAAAUUUCAUCUCACUGUCUUCGAGAACAGGGGGUUUCGGUGUCCUCUCCACAGCUGCCUCAGCUGUCAUGUCAGUAACCCCUCACAUCCACGAAUUUCAAAAGGGAAGAUGAUGCGCUGCGUGCGCUGCCCCGUCGCGUACCACGCCGGGGACGUUUGCAUCGCGGCGGGAUGCGCUGUCAUCGCCUCCAACAGCAUCGUGUGCACCAACCACUUCACUGCCAUGAAGGGCAAAAGCCACCACGCCCAUGUCAAUGUCAGCUGGUGCUUUGUGUGCUCCAAAGGUGGCAGUUUGCUGUGCUGUGAGUCCUGCCCAGCAGCCUUUCACCCUGACUGCCUAAACAUCGAAAUGCCAGAUGGGAGCUGGUACUGCAAUGACUGCAGGGCGGGCAAGAAGCUCCAUUUCCAGGAUAUUAUUUGGGUUAAACUGGGAAAUUACAGAUGGUGGCCUGCAGAAGUUUGCCAUCCGAAAAACGUUCCCCCAAAUAUCCAGAAAAUGAAGCAUGAAAUCGGAGAAUUUCCUGUGUUUUUCUUUGGUUCUAAGGAUUACUAUUGGACGCACCAAGCACGGGUGUUCCCUUACAUGGAGGGAGACAGAGGGAGUAGAUACCAAGGGAUCAAAGGAAUUGGAAAAGUCUUCAAAAAUGCUUUGCAAGAAGCUGAAACUCGGUUUCGAGAAAUAAAACUACAGCGAGAAGCCAAAGAAACCCAGGAGAGUGAACGUAAACCUCCACCAUACAAGCAUAUUAAGGUGAAUAAACCUUGUGGUAAAGUGCAGAUCUACACUGCUGACAUAUCUGAGAUUCCCAAGUGCAACUGCAAACCCACGGACGAAAACCCGUGUGGCUUUGACUCCGAGUGCCUCAACCGGAUGCUGAUGUACGAGUGCCACCCCCAGGUGUGCCCGGCAGGGGAGCGCUGCCAGAACCAGUGCUUCACCAAGCGCCAGUACCCCGAGACAAAGAUCAUCAAAACUGAUGGCAAAGGCUGGGGGCUGGUAGCCAAGAGGGACAUCAAAAAGGGGGAGUUUGUCAAUGAGUAUGUGGGAGAGCUGAUUGAUGAAGAGGAAUGUAUGGCAAGAAUCAAAUAUGCACAUGAAAAUGACAUCACCCACUUCUAUAUGCUUACUAUUGAUAAGGACCGUAUUAUUGAUGCUGGCCCCAAAGGAAACUAUUCCCGGUUCAUGAAUCACAGCUGCCAACCAAAUUGUGAGACCCUGAAGUGGACAGUGAAUGGAGACACUCGUGUGGGGCUCUUUGCUGUGUGUGACAUUCCUGCAGGGACGGAGCUGACUUUUAAUUACAACCUUGACUGUCUGGGCAAUGAAAAAACAGUCUGCAAAUGUGGUGCCCCAAACUGCAGUGGAUUUCUUGGGGACAGACCAAAGAAUUCUUCCACUAAUGCCUCAGAAGAAAAAGGCAAAAAGACCAAAAAGAGAACACGGAGACGCAGAACGAAAAAUGAAGGGAAGAAGGAAUCUGAAGAUGAUUGUUUCCGUUGUGGUGAUGGAGGCCAGCUGGUGCUGUGUGACAGGAAAUCUUGUACUAAAGCUUAUCAUCUCUCCUGCCUUGGUUUGGUAAAACGUCCUUUUGGGAAGUGGGAGUGUCCUUGGCACCACUGUGAUGUUUGUGGCAAACCUUCUGUUUCUUUCUGCCACUACUGCCCAAACUCUUUCUGCAAGGAGCACCAAGACAGGACAGUGCUAAAUUCCACGUUGAAUGGACAGUUAUGCUGCUCUGAACACGUUCUCGGGGUGGAUUCUGUUGAAACUCAGAAGACUGAGAAACCCCGCAAAAAACUGAACAAGUUCAAGCCCAGGAGAAAGAGGAACAGAUGGAUGAGAGCUGAAUGCAAAUAGUCAUGGACUGCAGUUUCUACUGCUAACACUAUCUUGUAGAUAAGUUGUGAAUAUGACCAGGGAAGGACACGAUUUUACAUAUAUUCUGUAAAGGUUACAAUGGGGGGGGGAUUUUUUUGUUUUGUUUUUUUAUAAAUCCACUGAGCCAACCACAGCAGUCUUCUGCUGCUUCUGCACUGAUAACGAACUGCAUAGUUCAGCAAACUUCAGGACAAACCAAACUUAUUACUCAGCAUUACAGUUACACUUGAAUUGUUACGAAUGUACAAUGUUCCCUCCAAAAUACUUGCAGGUUGGAGGUAGGUUAAAAUCAAACCAGGUAGGCGUAAACAUAGUUUUUUGAGAUAGUAUUUGUCAACCAACAGAUGUUUAAAAUAGUAUAUCCUUGAAAGAAGUUGUUAGUUCUCAAGUCCUUUUGAGUAAGAAAUGGCUUGGUCUGUGGUCCCAAUGAGAUUUGCUUGCCUUGUGUGUUUUUGAGCAAGUGCUUGAAUGCCAGUCAUGACCCAGGUGUGUCCCUCACUGCAGCCACACACACAGCAAUUGGUUUGUGCUCUUCAAAAAUUAUUCUUAAGCAAUCAUGAUCAUAAAUAUCCUUCCACGAACAAAUGUGGUGCGUGGUGGGAAAGGCACACCCUGUACCAGAGAGGAAGAACCUGACUUUGUAAGAGAUUUUUUUCUAUACUGUUUUUUCCUCUAUUUCACCCAGCAAAAUAUGAAGUUACUUGAUCUUGCAGGUCUGGACUUAAAGGGAUAUUGUCUUGCAAUCUAGGCCUAAUACAUUAGGAUUUUUGUGUCUUAAUAAAAAGAAAUCUUUCAAAAGCUAUUACUUGGAAAAAAAUCUUUUUUUUUUUUUUCCCUCAAUGGCAGGUAAAAUGCAGAGGCAAACUUUUCUUUGGAAUGCUUAGAGUCCAAGCAUUUCAACUUUGUGAUAAUGCAAGAAAUGCCCAACAAGGAGCAAAACCCCCAUGAAUGAAACAGAAAGUGAAACUUUGAUUAAAGUGCAAAAACUAAAUUCAAAACAAGUAAAAAUGAAAUAGAUUUUUGAAGCAGCAUGUAAGAAUUUUGAUGUGAAAUUUAGCCUUACUCUGUUCCUUUGCAUAAAGUUUGUAUAAAACUGGCUAUUUGACAGACUGAAAUUUUUUGUUACAUUUUUAGGAGCUCGGCUCUUGACUACCCUGUCACCACUGUGGUGUGGCAGCAAAGCUGUUUUGAAUUCCUCACCCCCACUAGCAUGGGUGACUCGAAGUGAGGUGACCAUACAAGACUUGGUAUUGGCAGAAAUAAUACUGGAACUAGGAAAAAACAGUAAAGAAAAACAUCUGUGCCAGUUUUCCUCCCAGUGCACAUCCUUGGUGUGUGAUCAGGCAGCAUUCCAAGCACAUUUUGAUUUUUGCCAUUGUGACCCACCCUCCAUAAGCACCUCCAUGUCCACUGAGCCAUUUGUGUAUGUUCUAGCUUAGUUUGCCCUUCAUAGUGCAGGAACUCUGUGUAGCCCUUUUGAAAAUGAAGCCUUGCUCUAUCAUGGAAGUGUAUGGUUUUCCCCCAAGGUAUUUCUUCAGGAUUUGAUUUAGUUCUUGGAAUUGCCAAAACCCCCAUUUAUUCCCAACAUGUAAAAAGUCUGGUUUUAUUAGAAGAUAUUAAUUGAAAGAGGUUAUAAAUGUUGCAUUGCCCUAUGCUGAACACUUUGGUUUCUGUUUUGUGACCAAAAUGCUUUGUUUUUUUUGAAUCAGUUUUUAUAAACACUGUUGGAAGGUAAAUUUUUUUUUUUUAAUAAUUUUGAAGAAAUAGCAGAGUUCAGAAUCAGGGGAAGUGUUACAUGUUUGCAUUUUUUAAAAUGGUAUGCCAAGCCUUGCACUCAAGUUAAAAUUCAAGAUUCUUUAAUUGAUUUUUAGGGAAACUUUUUCUUUGCCAUGGGGCUGAAGAACCCCUGAAGUCCUGUGCAUAAAAUCAAAAAAAAAAAAAAAAAAAGACAUUAUGGAUGUUUCUUUAAUAUUGGGUUUCAAGGGAAGGAAAAUGAGGUCAGGUAGUAAAGCAGAAAUAUUUUCCUCAUUGCUUUAAAACAAAAUGAAGGAAUUUGAUGUCAUUGGGACCAUUCUUUGAAUACUAUACCAUGUAAGGAAGGCUUUGUAAGAAUACCUUUAAAUAAGUUAUUAUAAAAUUUUUCCUUUACAUUCCAUUGCUUUCAUAAUUUGUUAAUUUUUUUUUUUUAGUUGUUUUGUUGCUUUUUCUUCUCCAUGUGUAACAGCUCUGUCAGUGUGGAACUGUGAUGCCCCAGGUCCUGAGAGGCAGAUCCCCACUUCCAGAAGGCACAGCCUGCAGUGCCAGCACCCCUGGGCUCUCAGGGGGCUCCUCAGCACAUCCAGCACAGCAGGAUGCAGCACAGCCACCCCUUCUGUCUGUCUGUCUGUGGGGACAGAGGGACUCUGUUCACACAAACAGAUCUGAGCCAGGGGCUGUUUGUCCUUCGGCUUCCUUCUACCUCUCCCUGCUCUGUCCUGCUCUGGGCCCUGGGAGCUCUGCAUCACUGAGGCUGCAGACCAAGAGGUCACUUGGGAACUCUGGGAAUUCCUUCCUGAGGAGGAGUGUGGAUCAAAUUCUCUCUCCCUUGAUACUCACUGGCCAUGUGACCCCAUGAGCUCACAGCUCAGGCACUCAGGUGGUGAUCUGGGAGAAUUUUUGGUUUCUGUACCAGGACAGGUGGGGUUUAGGUGCAUUGUAAUGAAGGCUUCUGUACCUUGCUCUGCAGCCUGGGAAAACAGGCUAAAGUUAUGUUUAAAAAAGAAGACAGAAGAAAAGUUGUGACAAUGUUUUCCUUCUCCCACUGUUCAAAUCCAAGGUAAAACAAUCCUUAAGACUUGAGCUUUUUCAUGAUGCAACUCAAUACUUUUUAGCAUUCAGCAACUUGAAGGAUUUCCUGCUAUAAAUUAAUCUAAACAACAUUAACUGUGGCAUAUUAUGUGGCCUUAAAUGAUGUUCUUUGUGUCUUGCCCAUCAAAGUAGCAAAAUGUCUUUCCUUUUUUAGCAAAAGCUGAUACAUGACAGCCAAUUUCAGAAUCUGUUGUUCUUUUAUCACAUGAGCAAGCAUGGAAACAGUUUUCAGUUGAGUAUGUUAGAUGUAUUUUCAUACAACCUAGGAAAAGUAAUCAGAGUAAAUGUCUGUUUUGUUCAAUAGCUUUGUGUUCAUGGUCAGGUUUUAGGAGGUUUUUUAUUUGAAUUACUUGGAAAAGCAAAGUAUCUUGAAAGACGUAUUAAUGGGAUUUUUCCACAUUGUUGAGUCUCAUUAUUCCAUGUCUGACUGCUUGAGAAACUUCAAUGUCUUAUUAAAUGUUGAAUUUUAUUCCUAGUUAUUUAAGAA